UCGACAGUCAAAUGAUUUAUGAGUGUACCGUGUCCACCUCCACCUGUCAAUACGCCCCAAUGAACCGUCCCAGAUGAGUUGGAAUCUGCUAGAGCGCUUCAUAGAGUCGGAUCACUUCAACACUGAUCCUUCCCUCACUGUUGCGUACCUUUCGCGAUACGCAGACCAUGUUGGAAUCCAUUACGUUCUCUGUUCUAAGCUUCGCCAAUUCGCCUACGAGGAAAUUGAAUUCUUCCUCCCGCAAUUAUGUCACCUCCUAAUCAGUGUUGAUAAUGAGUCUAUGGCUCUGGAAGAAUUCAUUAUUGACCUAUGCGAAGAAUCCGUAAAUGGUGCACUCUUGACCUUUUGGCUAUUCCAAACAUACCUUCAUGACCUCGCGAGCGAUCCAAACUCGAACGCAUUCAAGACAUGCAGGAGAAUAUACAAUAAAGUCCAGCGCAUUGUUUUUGGCUCUGCGGAACCGCAGCGGAGGGAGAAGAUCAAGGAGAAUAUAUUGCCGGUUACUGUUCUGUCUAGCCUGGUGCUGGCCAGUAUCGCGGCUCCGUUCCUUCCACGACAUGCCGGUCCUUUGGCUAUCGCCCAAGCGCGCAAACCCCGUCCUGCAGAAGAUAUGAUUUCAGAUAACGUACAAACGGCAAAGGUUGGUCGCAGUCAUACUGUAGCAGGAAGAUCCCCUCGGCCAAAGCAAUCGAAGUUCACCCAGGGCCACUCAGACCCGGAAGACCAGGGCUCCAAGCUCCGCCCUACUCGAGAUAUCCAGAGUUCAAAGGAUUUAAGACGGAAAGCUGCGCGACCGAUCAUAACGAACCGAACACCGUCAGGCCCGGUACCUCGUUCGUCACUUCUUUCAGCAACUUCCGAAGCUCGAUUGAGCUCGUCCUCAUUACCCGAUUUUCCCAGAAGUCCUAAGCUAUCCCCUCUUCCAACACCUCCUCUAACAGCGGGGCUUGGACCAACUCCGGACCAUCACGGUAGCCGAAAGCCUCCACAUAUCUCCAGACCUUUAACACCAACGGCACUUUCUACAAGACAGAAGAUCCGACUUCUGCGCUCGAACUACUUCAAGAACGAGACUCAGUUUUUGAGUGCUCUUGAAGAUAUCUCGAAUCGACUGGUUAUCGUCCCGAAACCAGCGCGUUUGAGUGCUCUGCGUGCCGAGCUCGCUUUGAUCGCACAAGAUCUUCCGGCAGAGGUCGACAUUCCUGUUAUUAGUCCGGCGACUUUGAAAGAUGGCGUUGCGUCGCAUAGUCAGCACCAUCGCAUAGUACGAAUCAACCCGGCCGAGUCGACCAGUUUGAACAGUGCAGAGAGGGUCCCGUAUCUCUUGAUGGUCGAAGUUUUGAAGGAAGACUUUGACUUCGACCCAGAAACCGAGCAGAACCAGCAGCUCUUAGAACAGCUGAUGCUGGACAAGGGUACAUCGAAGCGACGGCUAUUCGAUAUCACACAUGCGGACCAUUUUUCACAUGACAAAACACCACCAAAUGGAACGGAUAGCGUCUUCGAACCCGCAAAUGGCGACUUGGGCAGCACUUCCUUGAUUUCGGACCUGGCUGAGGAUGACAUCUCCUCUGGACUAUCUCGGGUUACACUGCCAAGUACGGUGGUGAAUGGGAAAAACACAGCUCCAAGGUCAUCAAGCGGGGCUAAUACGAUGUCUUCAAUUGCCACGAGCUCCACCCCAAGGACUUCAGACAUGGAAAUCAGUAGAUCUAAUAGCCCAGCCCCACGGAAGAUGACUCUACCAUUGAGCCGGGGAUCUCAAGGCAUGGACCAGCCUGAUUUUUCAGCAUUGGCAACUCACAUGCGUACCGCCGCUCAGAUGUUGGCACAGUUGGAAGCCAGCGGAUCUAAACGGCCGAAGACCGAAGUUGCAGCCAUAAAAGCGAAAAUCAUUGCCAGCAUGCAGACUCUAGAAGAGCAAAAUUUCAUGUCAGAAGAUGCAACGCCCACCUUUGACACCAUCAUGGCAGAAACAGAUCCAGUUGCCAUCACGGCCGAACCAGAUGUGCUUGAAGAAGGAAUUGCUGUGCCGACUACUAAUCCAGGUGCAGGUGCCGCACGAAUGGAGAACGAUCUGAAGACAGGAGGCAUGCAGAGGAACGGCGACCGUGACGAUCCUAGUGCUGCUACAUUUGGCGAGGAAUGGAGUGCCAAGCGAGAACGAAUUCGUCGAUCGUCGCCAUACGGUCACAUGAAGAACUGGGAUUUGAUCAGUGUGAUUGUGAAGACUGGGGCUGAUCUUCGUCAGGAGGCAUUUGCAUGUCAACUGAUACAAGUGUGUACCAAGAUCUGGAAAGAUGCGAAUGUACCAAUCUGGACGAAGCGCAUGCGGAUCCUGGUAACUGGCGAGUCCUGUGGGCUUAUCGAAACCAUAACCAAUGGCGUCUCUCUCCAUUCGCUGAAGCGAUCCCUGACCCUGGCGAGCAUAGCUGCAGGAACGAACCCACGUAAGCGGAUCGCGACUCUCAAGGAUCACUUUGUGAAGACAUUUGGUGAACCGGACUCGGAGAGCUAUAAGUCUGGCGUGGACGCUUUCACUCGGUCCUUGGCAGCGUACAGCAUUAUUUGUUAUGUGUUGCAACUCAAGGAUCGCCACAAUGGCAAUUUACUUAUUGACAAUAUGGGCCACAUCAUCCAUAUCGAUUUCGGCUUCAUGCUGUCAAACUCUCCUGGAUCUAUGGGUUUCGAAGCUGCCCCGUUCAAGCUCACGCAGGAUUACGUGGAUGUCCUCGGUGGCCUCAACUCGCCGGCAUACGAAGAUUUCAAGAAGCUGUGCAAAGAAUCAUUCCAGGCCCUACGAAAGGAAGCAGAGAGACUCAUCAUGUUGGUUGACAUGAUGGGUAAGCAGAGCAAGAUGCCAUGCUUUGCGGCCGGUGCGGCCGGUGUUACAAACUCAUUGCGUGCGAGGAUGAUGUUACAUCUCAGCAAAGAGGAAGCUGAAGUCUUUGUGGACGAAUUGAUUGCAAAGAGCGUUGGAAGCUAUUACACCCGACUUUACGACACCUUCCAGUACCGCACCCAAGGCAUAUACUAACCACUUUGUCUUCGAUUACUCCUCUCUCUCGACUUUGGCAUUAGCAGGCGACGUUAUGAACUCGUAUAUUCGUGUAUGGCGGGGAUUUUUCAGGCCGCCCGUGUUUCCCUUGUGUGACACUGAGGAGAUCAUGAAGUUUUGGUGCAUUUUUCUGGCGCACGGAAUAUAUUGUGUUGGCUACAGCAUACGAAGAACUAGUUGGCUCAGGUGAAGUGGUGGUGGAUUUAGAAGACUACAGUUGAUUCAUCUCGAGAUACUCCCUAGAAUUACUACGCGAACUUGAUAGGAGACGUGUUUGUUACCCUACCUAAUUUUCUUUUGGAUAAUGAAGAGAAAUCACUGAUACUCGAUGGUGGUCCGCAGGCAUGAUAUGUAAUUGAAGGGUAUAUUCAGUCAGGAAGGUAUUCCGCACCCCUUCCUCUCAUUCUCUCCAAAAGUUGGUUCGGUU